CGCCCCGCGCCCGCCGGGGAGGGCACCCUCGAGGGGUCGGGCCAUGGCCGGCCGGGGCUGCGGCGGCUGCUGCUGCCCGGGCCACCUGAACGAGGACAACGCGCGCUGCCUGCUGCUGGCCGCGCUCCUCGCGCUCUACCUGCUGGGCGGCGCCGCCGUGUUCUCGGCGCUGGAGCGCGCGCCCGAGCGCCAGGCCAAGCAGCGCUGGGAGGGUCGCCUGGCCAACUUCAGCCGCAGCCACAACGUGAGCCGCGAGCAGCUGCGCGCCUUCCUGCGCCACUACGAGGAGGCCGCCGAGGCCGGCAUCCGCGUGGACAGCGUGCGGCCGCGCUGGGACUUCACGGGCGCCUUCUACUUCGUGGGCACCGUCGUGACCACCAUAGGGUUUGGCAUGACCACGCCCACGACGGUGGAAGGGAAAAUCUUUCUGAUCUUCUAUGGCCUGGUGGGCUGCGCAAGCACCAUCCUGUUCUUCAACCUCUUCCUGGAGCGUCUCAUCACCGUCAUCGCCUACGUCAUGAAGUCGUGCCACCAGCGGCAGCUGCGGAGACAGGGGGCCCUGCCCCAGGAGAGCCCCGCCAAGCCGGGUGCGCCCCACACAGACGGCCUGAGUGCCUGGAAGCCCUCGGUGUACUAUGUCAUGCUCAUCCUGUGCGUGGCUUCGCUCCUCGUGUCCUGCUGUGCCUCGGCCAUGUACGCCGCCUUCGAGGGCUGGACCUACUUGGACUCGCUUUACUUCUGCUUCGUGGCCUUCAGCACCAUCGGCUUUGGGGACCUGGUCAGCAGCCAGAACGCCAAGUAUGACAGCCAGGAGCUCUACCGCCUGGCCAACUUUCUCUUCAUCCUCAUGGGCGUCUGCUGCAUCUACUCCUUGUUCAACGUCAUCGCCAUCCUCAUCAAACAGUUGGUGAACUGGAUCCUGCGGAAGCUGGAGCGGAGGUGCUGCCGCCUGGGCCCCGGGGUGCUCCUGCACACCCGCAGGAACGCCGUGACUCCGGGCCACUUGCACAACCGCGGGAACAUCUCCAUUGACACGGACGGGGUGCUGGAGAGUGACACGGAUGGGCGGCGACUCUCCGGGGAGAUGAUCUCCAUGAAGGACUUCCUGGCCACCAACAAGGUCUCGCUGGCCAUCCUGCAGAAGCAGCUGUCGGACACGGCCAAUGGCUACCCACACUAUCCCGGCUCACUGUCCCAGGACGAGUUCUCGGGCGGGGUGGGAGCCCUGGCGAUUAUGAACAACAGGCUGGCGGAGACCAGUGGGGACAGGUAGAUGCCAGGGGUCAGCCCUGGGCAGGCGGGCCCUGGGGAUGGGGAGUUUGGACCAACAGGCUGUCCACUGGCCCCACUCUGCAGCCUAACUGUUUUCUGAAACCUCCAGCCCGGCCUUAGGAAGCCCCUCUCCGGGCCCCAGCCAAGAGUGGGCAGCCGGCAGGGCGGACACCUGAAACUUCCAUGCCCAUCUCCUUGUCUUCAUCUCUUCCACCCAAAUUCAGUCUUUCUACAAGAAUCACAGAAGCAUCCGCUUCACUCGCUGGUCUUAACUCUGGGAUUCUGACUGGCAUGGGAGGGAGCCCAAUGGCCUGCUAUGCUGGCCCUCAGUGGGAAGCAAGAUCCCUGGAACCACGUUUCCUCCCUGAACUCUGAAUGGCUGAAGCCGCCCCUUCAGAAGACACCAGAGCAGGGUGGUGUUUGACGGCGGCGUGUGUGCUCGCCUUUUACUGGGCUUCUUCCGAGCAAACUUGUCAGUGGUUCCAACGCGAGGGAAACCAUCUGUUCUCUGCAUCCUGCUUUUUCAUUCUUAUAUUUUUAAGAUCAAGGUGUCCGUGGGAGACCAAGUGGUAAGAGAACUAAACUUGGCUGCAGUUCUUUAAGCCUCAGCCAGGCGGUAGGAGAAAUUAACUUGUGUAACUCAAGAAGAGUUUGGUUGCAGAAACAGUCUUUUUUUUUUUUUUACCGCUCUGCAAUAAUGGCUAUUUAUUUAAAAAGAACAUUUAAUAAAUGCUCAUUUUAUUAACUAAGA